UUGGUUUUUGAAGUUUUUGAUUCCCAAAUUGGCACUAAAAAACUCCCAAAGCUAACUUUACUCGACCAGUUUAAAACAAAGUAUUUUUUGUGUCUCGACAGUUGCAAAUUAAAGCUGCAUCAAAAGUCACGUUUAUUUGACUUCUAAGUGGUCAAAUGAAGCGAUGUAAAAUUACAUGGAACAGAAUGGCGCUGGAUCAAUCAACUAUCUGCUAUUCUUCUUCCACUUGACCUUUCACCCUCUCAUCUUUGCCCUCCUAAUGUUACCCUGUCUUCACUACCUGGGCCAGAGACACCCUCUAGACCGGAAGAGAGUUCUGGUGAGGAGAAAAGCAGCUAGACCAGAGAAACACAGAAGCACAAUAGUUGAGAAAGAGAAACGAAAGCAGCGGGAGAAGUCCAAAGACAGAAGAAGGAGCUCCUUAUUUAAGACAGUGGAAGGCAGAAGUAUAGAGACGGACCUGAUGCAGAAAUGGGCCACUAGCAUGGAGAACUCAGUUGAUUCUACUCUGACCUACCACUACCACCAAGCCAACUGUAGAGUCACUCUUACUGAAGUGUCCCACACUCGGACAAUUGCCAGACAGAUAGAAGAAAAGGUAGUUUUGUGUAGAUGCAUCCCAGAACUAGACUGCUACAGUGGAAAGUCACACCAGGACUACCAGUACAACCAAAUGUCUCUCAAAUCGUACUCUUUAGCUAAAUCUAGAUGAAAUGAUUUCAGCUCAUACAUGAUGAUUGCGUGAACUUAAUCUCCUUUUGAUGUUAUAAAUCAUAUCUCACGUUUUGUA